AGCAAGACCGACCCGACACCCGACGGGUCCACGACGACGUUGAUGUAUCUUGUUGGAGAUCGGACGAAGAUUUUCUCGCGUUAGUUGUGUUUUUGUGCAAUUUUGUCUGUGGAAAAGUGCUUUUGGAUUGUGGAAAUUUGCAGAAUUCUGGUAAACGGUGCUGAUCGAUUUGUACGAUGAGUUAUCAAUUACCACCGCAAAAUCGAACGAUGCCGCACAAUCAGUAUAAUCCGCCCGAUCUACCCAUGGCGUCUGCCAAGGAACAGACACUCAUGUGGCAACAGAAUUCAUAUCUAUGUGAUUCUGGAAUACAUUCGGGCGCUGUCACUCAAGUGCCAUCAUUGAGCGGCAAAGAAGACUUAGAAGAUAUGGAAGGUGAUCCUCUAAUGUUCGAUUUAGAUCAAGGAUUCCCACAGAAUUUCACUCAAGACCAAGUGGAUGAUAUGAAUCAACAGUUGAGUCAGACACGCUCUCAGCGUGUUCGAGCUGCUAUGUUUCCAGAAACAUUGGAGGAAGGCAUUGAGAUCCCAUCAACACAAUACGAUCCACAGCAGCCAACUGCAGUUCAACGUUUAGCCGAACCGUCGCAAAUGCUUAAGCAUGCAGUUGUGAAUUUGAUCAAUUAUCAAGAUGAUGCUGAGCUUGCUACACGAGCUAUUCCUGAAUUGAUAAAAUUGUUAAACGACGAGGAUCAAGUAGUUGUUUGUAACGCUGCUAUGAUGGUACAUCAAUUAUCAAAGAAAGAGGCUUCCCGACAUGUUAUCAUGAAUAGCCCACAAAUGGUUGCAGCUUUGGUAAGAGCUAUCGCGAACAGUAACGAUUUGGAAACGACAAAAGGGGCCGUCGGAACGCUACACAAUUUAUCUCACCACAGCCAAGGUCUUUUGGCUAUAUUUAAAAGUGGAGGAAUUCCGGCCCUUGUGAAGCUACUCUCGUCUCCAGUUGAAGCGGUUUUGUUUUAUGCUAUAACGACUUUGCAUAAUCUAUUGCUGCAUCAAGAUGGUUCGAAAAUGGCAGUUCGUUUAGCCGGUGGUCUUCAAAAGAUGGUGACACUUUUGCAAAGGAACAAUGUGAAAUUCUUGGCUAUUGUGACAGACUGCUUGCAAAUUCUAGCGUAUGGUAAUCAGGAGAGCAAAUUGAUUAUUCUAGCAUCUGGAGGACCACAUGAACUUGUACGAAUCAUGCGCACAUAUGACUAUGAGAAGUUGCUUUGGACAACAUCACGUGUAUUGAAAGUUUUGUCGGUAUGCUCGAGCAAUAAACCUGCAAUUGUGGAUGCAGGGGGUAUGCAAGCGUUAGCCAUGCAUUUGAGUAAUCCAUCGCAGCGUCUAGUGCAGAAUUGUUUGUGGACUCUCCGUAAUUUAUCAGAUGCAGCAACGAAAGUGGAAGGAUUAGAUGGCCUGUUGCAUAGCUUAGUGCAAGUGUUAGCAUCGACAGAUGUUAACGUUGUAACUUGUGCUGCAGGCAUCCUUUCAAAUUUGACAUGUAAUAAUCAACGUAAUAAGGGUACCGUUUGUCAAGUUGGCGGAGUUGAUGCUCUGGUUCGAACCAUCAUUAAUGCUGGCGAUCGCGAAGAAAUCACAGAACCAGCUGUUUGCGCAUUAAGACACUUGACAUCACGUCAUAUCGAUUCAGAGAUGGCACAAAACGCGGUGCGUUUGAAUUACGGUUUAUCAGUGAUUGUGAAACUUCUCCAAUCUCCAUCGCGUUGGCCAUUGAUUAAGGCAGUUAUUGGAUUAAUUCGUAAUUUGGCUUUAUGCCCGGCAAAUCAUGCACCGCUGCGAGAACAUGGAGCUAUACAUCAGUUGGUUAGGUUGUUGAUGAGAGCCUAUCAGGAUAUUGAAAGGCAACGUUCUUCAGUAGCAAGCACAGGAUCGCAACAGCCUAGCGCUUACGCUGACGGAGUAAGAAUGGAGGAGAUCGUUGAAGGCACUGUUGGUGCUUUGCAUAUUUUGGCAAGAGAAUCACAUAAUCGUGCAUUGAUUCGUCAACAAGCUGUCAUUCCUAUCUUCGUGCGAUUGUUAUUCAAUGAAAUUGAGAAUAUUCAGCGUGUCGCUGCCGGUGUACUUUGCGAGUUGGCUGCCGAUAAAGAAGGAGCUGAAAUUAUUGAGCAAGAAGGCGCUACUGGCCCGUUGACUGAUUUACUUCAUUCCCGAAAUGAAGGGGUUGCCACAUACGCUGCAGCCGUUCUGUUUCGCAUGAGCGAAGACAAGCCACAAGAUUAUAAGAAACGUUUAUCCAUCGAGCUCACAAAUUCCCUCUUGCGUGAAGAUAACAAUAUCUGGAACAAUGAUUUGGGAAUGGGGCCUGAUUUACAGGACAUGCUUGGCCCCGAUCAAGCAUAUGAGGGCUUGUAUGGACAAGGGCCUCCAAGCGUUCAUAGCUCGCAUGGUGGUCGGGCAUUUCAGCAAGGAUAUGAUACAUUACCGAUAGAUUCAAUGCAAGGUUUGGAGAUAGGAGGCGCUGGUGGAGGCGGAAAUGGGCCGCCAGGAGGUGCACCAACCUCACCAUAUGCUAUGGAUAUGGAUGUUGGCGAGAUGGGAGCGGGCGAGUUGAAUUUCGAUUUGGAUGCAAUGCCAACGCCUCCAAAUGAUAACAACAACUUGGCAGCUUGGUACGACACCGACUGUUAGGUUUACACCGAUUUUUUUUUUAUUUACAUUUUCAAAGUUAGGUUAAGUUAUCUUUUACACUUUCUAGAUAUUUUAUAUAGAAUUUAGUAAUAAAAACCUUUAAACAAAAAAUGUCUGGACUUGCGUCUGUUUUAUUUGAGGCAUUUACUACAUUGCCUACAAGCAUUUCUUGAUCUUCGAGCAUUACCUGUUGCACUUCUCCGUUCUUCAAUGGCAGCAGGUAGAAAGUAAAUAAAGCCGAGAAACACAUGGCUCGGUGCAGUGGUCAAUCAGACAUUUAAAUAUUCAACUCUGAAUAAAAUAUAAUGCCAAACUGCCUGCUCUAACCACGUCCUCAGCAGACACAUGCCAGAGUAUCGAUCAUUCUCUUGAUGUGCAAUAUCCAUUACAUAUUGUGAAAAACGUGGUGAAAACACGUUUCUACAAAUAACAACGCAACCCAGACAGACACCCUAGAUUUUAAGGUUAUUUUUCUAGAAAUUAAAUUAAAAUAUUUUAUUAUCAUUACUUUCGAAACGAAUCAUGUUUACAUAAUAUGAGUACAUUUCGGUUUUAUUGCCUUUAAUAUGACACAUAUACAUCCAAGAAAAAUAGAAUACGCAAGACAUGUUAAAUGUAAUUCAAUGAAUCGACUUUUAAGGAGUACCAAACGGCGGCUAUCAGGCCACUGAGUUUUCGACAAGUGAAAUUUAUCGAAUUUAUACAUACAUCAUAUUGAAAGUAUCAAAACGUAUAUUUGUGCACAGAUUUUUGUUAAAGAAAUAAAAAACAACAAUAUUACAACAUAUGCAUACUUAACAUAAUUAAUAUCUAUACAGGGAGUUGAUUCAUUCAUAACUAAUUUGACUUCUGUAUUUGUGUUAGGAAUAUUUUAUCGUAUGAGAAACAUAAUAUAAAACGUACGAUUUUAAAAUGACAAAAUAUAGUACACAUGUGAAAUUUUAAA